UACGACAGCGACAAAUAAAAUCGUACGACCAAAUGGUGGAACGAAUUGUCUGAACCUGUCUAGAGAUUGUAAACAAACUUUCACGCCAAGAAACAAAGUUCUUUACUAUUCCAUCUCGUUAUGAUCAUUCACACUGUGUUGUUAUCAACUUUAACCUUUUUUACAUAAAAGAGUAUUAAUUUUUCGCUCAAACGGCAAAACUUGUUUGAAAUCAGCAGGGAAUUGAGGAAUCGGCUUAUCUGGUGUGGAUAGAAUUUCCUCUGCUACAGUUCUUAAGACCGAUGAUUGUUUUUUAAGGAACAGUCUCUUAUCGUUAGAGAUUUAGAUCAAUAGUAUGAUUUUUCAACUACAAAAGGGAUAAUCAUGAAUAAAGUAUGAGGACAAUUUUAUACCAGUAAAUGAAAAUGGAGUAUGUAGAAUGUAUGAAAACUGGGUACAACCCUGCCCAUGUUCAAGUGGCCUGUGAUGGAACAUUCAUAGGUCUGCCAUUAACAAGAACAACAGUGGGUGUUUGGAAUAUACAAGAUCCCUCUGCAAAGCCUCUGAAACUUGAAGGACACAGGAAGAUUCUUACCAGUUUGGUGCUAGGGAAUGUUUCAAAACCCAAAAGACUGUGUUCUGCUGCAGAGGACUACUUGAUUGUAUGGAAUAUUCAUCAGGCUCUGGAGAAGGCAGGGAAAGAUGAGCAGAUAAAAGGAGUGAUCAUAGGUACAACACUUGGGUACAUACAACACUGUGCAUUUAGUCCUGAUGAUUCUCUGGUAGCAGCCUGCAAUAAUAAUGAUGUUCUUAUUCUGCGCUCUAAUACAUCAGAAGUUAUAGCCGCACUAGAGGGCCACAUGAAUCGAGUCACUUGUGCAGAAUUUUGUCCCCAUUAUUCAUCAACUCUAGUCACAAUAUCUGAAGACAGAACAUUCAAGGUAUGGAACAUAGCAGACCUAUCACUGGUCUACCAGUCCACCAUUAUCACUGCCUCCCCAUUCAUCAGCAUGACGAUGAACCUUCACCUACCCCAGGUUGCCAUAGGGACAGCAGAUGGGAUUGUGAGAGUAUUUGACUUGUCUGAUGGAAAAGACUUCCGGUGUGUUCAUCAGAUUAACAUUGGGAAAAUCAUGGACAAAUAUCGCCUCAGUAAAGAACAAGCAUUGCUGUCACCAAGAUCUGCAAAGGAUGGUCCAGUGACCAUCAGUAGUAAGCCAUCCUAUCAGAGACGAGGAGAUGGGGGAGAGCCUAGGGAGGAAGUGGCUAUACAGGAUGUAGCAGAGACAGGAUGUGCAGUCCUAGGUCUUUACUUCUCCUGGGUCCCAGAUGAUGAUAGAGGAAGUUCAGCUCGAUCUGUUGGCUUCCUACAGAGAGCUAACACUAUGAUCAGAGACCUCUUCAGUGCUUCUCCCAUGUUGGUUGUUGGUACUACAGGAGCGCUACUUCAGAUAAAUGCCAAGACAAUGGAAGUUAUCCAGUAUUUUGAUCUACAAGAUCGAAUACCUCCAACAUCAGAUGGUAGGAAGGAAGUGUGCAUAAACAAUGCUGGUUCUGCUUAUUUCAGUCAGGGCGAGGAACCAGAAAAGAUAUUCUGUGUCAUUGGUAGCCAUUUUCAGAAUCAUGUUCAUCUAUUGAAAUGGGACCAUGCCACAUCAAGAUCAAAACCCUAUAACUUCAGUUCAAGUAUAGAGGAUUUAUCAAUCAUCUCUUCAGAACUGCCAGCCAAUCAAAAGCUAGACAAUAAAUCACCCAUUUUAACUGUACUAUCCAGUGACCCCAUGUUGCCAAAUUCAAUCCUUAAACAAGGCCUGGUUCCUAAACAGAAAGAAGAGGCCUCCUCUAAAAAGCAGAAAGGACACCUUUCUCCAGGAAAGCAAGGUCAAGGUGUGAAAGAUCAGCCACUGACUUUUCAGAGUAAAAUCAAGUCAUCAGGGUACACAGAGGCUCCCAGGACAACCAUGUUUAAACCAAAAACAAGUUUUACAAAACAAACAUCCACAAUUAAAAGGAAACCAUCUACAGGUUUACUAGAGAAUGCUUUAGAGAAGGAAUACCCUGCCAAUCCUGGUCCUCCAAAGGACUUUGUGUGUGGUUGGGAAGUUGCUGAAAGACCUACUCCUGUUAAUGCAAUAGCUUACUCAGGAGAUGGCCUUAGUCUAGCCUGUGGUCUUGCCAACAAGUCUGCCCAAGUGUUCAAAAUUCCAUACAAAGAAAAGAAAAGCUAUAGUUUGGCUCACAAUCACAUUGUGAAUGAUGUGCGAUGGAGUUGUGAUUCAAAUUGGUUGGUAACAGCUUGUGAUGAUAAAACAGUAAGGCUAUGGCAACGAGGGCAAACUGAGGCUGUCCUCACCUUAGCAACCAAACUCCACAACCUAGCAGAUGGAGAUGGACAAAAGAAAGACAAGGAAAAUGCACCGUUUCCAAAGGAGAUUAAAAAUGCUCAGUUCUACUAUAUGGACCGAUUCCUGAUUUUAACCUCCUCCAACACACUGCACGUGUACAAAUACCACCUGGAUCCCACUAAACAAGAUAUUAAAAGGUAUGUGAACAAGAGUAGAUACAAACAAGUUCAGUCAUUCACAGUGGAUGCCCAGUACAUCACAGCCAUGUCUGCAGUAAAUGAUUUCUACUCCUACAUUGUGAUGUGUGCAGGCAGUAGUAAAACACUGGAGGUUUAUGACAUGAACGUAGGCAAGUGUGUACGAGUCAUCUCUGAUGUCCACACCAGACCUGUUCAUUGUAUAAAACAACAUGAGGGAUCAAAAUUUGUAUCACACCCACGUGAUGCCUAUGAUUUAUUCCUGACAUCCGCAGCAGGUGACUGUAUCAAACUCUGGGACCUCCGGGCAAACAGGUGUGUAAGAAGGUAUGAGGGACAUCUGAACAGAUCUUUUCCCUGUGGAGUGGAUCUAAGUCCUUGUGGGAAAUAUGUUGUUACAGGUGCUGAAGACAGAUGUGUGUAUGUAUAUGACAUCAGAGGAGGAACUUAUUGCUCUAAACUGACAGGCUUCACGGAUACUGUGUCAGCUGUGGCGUUCCAUCCUCUCCAUUCUCAGUUGAUGACAGCCUCCUUGGAUGGGAAGCUGAGGCUCUUUACAGAUUAAAUCUUAAUAUGUCUGCACAUUAAGAUGUUCAUCUCAGGUUUUGGAUGCCAAUACUCCAGAGGGAUCUCAAGUGAAAAUGUUAGACAGAAUUUUCAGAAAAGCUUAAAAAUAUUUCAAGACUGUCACUGAAAUAUUUCGAUUGUGUACUUUAAGAAAUAACUGCAUUGAAGUACGCCAGUUCUCUGUUUGCUCUUCACAAUUCAGUGCAUUACAGGAUAUGCAGAAAGAGUUUCUAAGGUCUAGAAUAUAUGUUAUACAUGUAGAUGUGCCAACCUUUAUAUGUAAUUACCCACAAUGUUGUCACUGGCAUUACACCAUCCAGUUUUACACUGUAUGUAUUAAAAUAAUAUAAACAAC